GAGGGGGCGGAGAGAGCGGCCCGGCGCAUGCCCCUCCGAGCGCUCCCGGGAGCGAGGGCGGCUGUGGCGGUCUCCAUGGAGAUGGAAGAUGGCGCCCAGGAGCCGGCAGCGCUCCUCGGCGCCGCUGCAGAUCCUGCUGUUCCUCAACGGCUGGUACUGCGCCACUUACUUCCUCCUGGAGGCCUUCAUCUUCGUCUACAAGGUCCUGCUGCUGCCCUACCCCUCCGCCAACCUGGCGCUGGACGUGGUCAUGCUCUUCCUCUACCUGGGCGUUGAGGCCACCCGCAUCUUCUUCGGGUCGAAGGGCAACCUGUGCCAGCGAAAGGUGCCGCUCUCCAUCAGCCUGGCCCUGACCUUCCCAGCGGCCACGAUGGCGGCCUACUACCUGCUGCUCCAGACCUAUGCCUUGCGCCUGGAAGCCAUCCUCAAUGCUAUCCUCCUGGUCUUCUACACUGCGGAGCUGCUGCUGGGUGUUCUCACGCUGGCCUCCUUCUCCAGAUUCAUACUGAGGCACAGCAACAUGUGGGACAGCAUGGGGGACAGCAGGGAGCCUGUGGCAACGCUGGCAGCUCUGUUGCCCGGCCUGCACCCUGUCCCGGGCUGGCGACGGCAGGAGGGACGGAGCUGUGCCACUGGGCUGGCCCCACUCUGGUGUGCUCGGGGCACUGAGCCAAGCCCACGUCGGCGCUGGCAGGCACCUGUGGCUUGGCCUGGGCCAGUGGGCGGCCGCGAGGCAGAGCAGCCUCCACCCUGAGUGUUCCUCUCCACUCCACCUGCAGCAUGCGCAAAUAACUCGCCAGGCAGCGCCCACCCUGCUGCCACCCGGGGCUCUGACCCCACGUGGCGGGACCCAGACCCAGGGCUUGUGACACACAGGUCAGCUUGAGAUACGGAGAAUUAUUUUUUUCUACGGCAUCCUCAGAAUAAUUUACUAUUUUCCAAUAAAUAUUUAUUUUUA